UGCAACCUCACGAGCUGAGAGAGGAUUACUAACCUCCUUUUGCACCCUCUGGACUUCAUGACUUUGAGCACAGCUAGAGCACAGCCAGUCAUGACUCUCUCACUGCAUGGGCUCCUGGCACUGGCUGUAACCCUCUGUGUCUCUCUACAGGAAGGACUGGGACUCCCAACGUCCAGACUGCCAGAGCUCAGCCCACAAGUACCCCCUCAGAGGCACCGUGUGAAACGCUGUUCCUGCAGCAAUUGGAUGGACAAGGAGUGCAUCUAUUUCUGUCACCUGGACAUAAUCUGGGUCAACACUCCAAGCAAGCUCACACCCUACGGCCUGGGAAGCCCACCUCUGCGGCGCCGCCGAUCGCUGGAACGCUGCCAGUGCGUUGACGCCAAGGACCCGAAGUGUGCGGGCUUUUGUAAAGCCAGUUCCAACAACAUUUCUGGGCAGUUUUUGAGCACGUCUGCGCAUUCCCUGGACAACGAUGAUGCAUACAAAAAGAGUUUGCGCCUACUGAGAGUCUUCAGGGAUGUUAUCAAGGCCAACGCUAAGGCCGCAGAGAGGGGCGUCUCACCAAGGAAGAAACCCUCCAAACCCCUGCGGUCGCACAGGGCCCACAAGAUGCACUACAGAUAAACACCGGCAGUCAGAAGAGUGAGAAAAGGCAAGCGCCGGACAAAAGAGAUCCAGCCUAGCCCGACGUGGCUCAAGGAAGCAGAGCCCGGUGAGGGGCUGCACCUCAGAUGGAUCACAAGACCGCUGUUCCCAUACAGCCUUAGAAAAAGCAGAAAAGGGAGCAGAGGGAUUGCAGAGAAACAAAUUCCUGAGUCACUGGAUUCUGAAACUGGAAUGAACUCUAGGCCUGAAGGGGUUCCUCCUGUCUCUGUAGCAAAACCCCCUCUGGACUAUAUUGAAUUUCAAGGCAGUGUUGAGUUCUCAGGCAGAGAUGCCUGCACUUUGGUUCACCCAGAAACACGUAUAAACUACGUGUUGAAUUUUGUCUCCCUUUGACUUGGGGCUGGGUGGGGGGGGCAGGGUGAAACAAUCAGCCACAGCUGAAUAGUGUUCAGUUCCUAAGAAGAUGGUUAUGCCUCUUAUUAUGUACAGUAAGGGUGUGUGGGGAGGAGGGAGGAGACUAUUUUAGUAAUGGCAAAGGACUGCUGAUCCUUAGUAUUUGAGGUAUUUCAGCAACCUGUGCCUACAGUGAAACACCGAUAUGCACAUACUUAACUCUGCUCAGGUGUAUGGCUUGGAGCAUCUCAAGGAUUAAAGCAGAUGAAGCUGACCACAGAUGUUCAUCCUGGAAGAUCCCUCAGACAGAAUACAAUCCUCUGUAUCAGAGAAUGAGAGAAUGACAGUAGAAAUACCUAAGCACUCCAGUGAGGGAGUAAUAAUAAUAUUAAGAAAUCUUUAUUUAUUCACAGUAAAAUGACUUGAACCUCAUUGAAUGAUGGAUCAGAUUUUUAAAAAUAUUUUUUAUUUUAGUUGUUCAUAUGGACAAGAAGGAAAUUACAGAUUUCUAUAGGUAUCUACCUUUAGUUUCUGUUAGCAAGAAACAUCACAUUUCUAUCUCAGAUCACCAGAUGCUGUAUUUUUUCUGACUGAAAAUAUCCUCCUUGCUGCUAUUCAUGUAUUAUAAUGUUUUUAUAAACAGAGAUAAGACAUUACAUAAUUGAUUAAGAUUGUAUACAUCUAAUGGCUCUUUAUGUUUUACACUGAAUCUUUUCAAUGAACUACUGAAAAGCAGCUAUUGUUCUGUUUGUUUUGCUAAGGUGUAUGUGCAACAUCACCAAGUUUUUUUGUGAACUCCCUCAAGUUUCUGUUUUAAAACAAUCUUUGAUCGUGAGGGGACAGUAAGCAGAAUAAUAUUUCCAAGCCCGAACCUGUGUGCUUGAUGACAUUGGAGCAAUCAUCACAGAUAAUGAAAUUACACAUUCCGAUAUUGAAGUAAUUGGGAAAGGCUCCAAAAUUGAAUUGAUACCUUAAGCUCGCAAUCAUGACUUUGUUACCCACUGCACUGAGAAGUGUCUUUUAGUAAGCAAUUUAUUCCCUACCGCGCUAAGGAUUUGAAAAUAGACAGUGUGAUUACUGACUGGAAUGGUCUUGUUUCGGACUGCUUUCUGCCUUCCUGAACUCACAAGUGCUAGACAUUGUUUGUCAGCACUUGAGAUAUUUUCUUUUGCAUUUAACUGGAAGGUGUGCUGUAUUCCAUUCUGAACAGCCAUGGAAACCAACAGAACAAUGGGCCUCUGAUCUCUCCCUAGGCACUGAAAAGAAAAGUAAAGGCUUUUGUGAUCCCGGAAAUAUUCCAUGCAUAGCUCUACUAUUUUGAUUAUCGAGACUGACAAGGGGUUUCAAUGGCAGAAGCACUGCCAAAAAGCUUUUAAUUGUUUUUCUUUUAUACAUUUGUUUGUGUUUUGGUUUUUUUUAUUGUGUUGGCCAUAUGGAAAAGUAAUGUCCUCAUUAAUGGCAACACAAAAGGCAACAAUGCUAAUUUGCUUAUGGAAUGUGUUUUCAAACAGAGUGCUGCUGUAUGGAAAAUCUUGUUCAGGCUUUUGUAGGCUGUUGAAAACAGAGUAUGAAGUGUGCUGCUUGCUUGUCCUGUUUAAGAUGUUAAGAUUGCUUUGUAAGUUUCAUACCAAUAACACCAUUAUCCUUAAACCACGAUCAUACUCAAGAGCCACUUUUCUUUAGAAAAGACAGGCCAACUGUCUGUAUACAAGUGAUCUUUCAUCUGUAGAAGGAAGACUUAUCUUUAAUAUACUGCUAGUCAAGAGUUAAGAAUACUGCAUUGCAAUAAGCACUGUACCUGUAUUUUGUUAUUAAUUUACUCAUUUUCCUGUAAUUUGAACAUUAGUCUUGUCGUGUUUUUAUUUAUUUAUUUUAUUUAUAGUUAGACGUUAUUUUAUCUGAUGAUGGAUUGUGCGAAUGUAUUUCUUGU